AUGACUCCACCGCCUGCAACAGUUGACCAAUUCCGAGAACACCUGCGAAAAUUGGGCUUAACAAAUUCAGUUCUCACUCAUGGACUCUCCUAUGGCGCCGACUGCUCAUCGCUUAGGACCUUUGUGCUGGAGCUCGAGCCCAAUAAAACCAAAGCAAUCGGCGUCAUCGACCCGGCCGUUGUGACUCCCGAAGAACUCGUUAGUUUGCACAAUAGUGGUAUUCGUGGCAUUCGAGUUAAUAUGUAUAAAUAUCAAGCAAUGCACGACGUUGAACGACAGAUGGCAGCCUUGCGCGACCAUAGUCGUAUUCUCCAACAGCAUUGCCCUGGUUGGAGCAUGGCCUUCACCCAUACACAUCCGGAAUUCUGGGCGCGACUCAAACCGUUCAUCGAACAAGAGAUCGUACCCACACGGAUAAAACUAGUAACGGACCAUUUCGCAUUGCUCAAGGGUUCCAGUUUGUUGCCAGCCGAGAAUGGUGUUGCCACCGAUGUCACACAGCAACCUGGCUUCAAGGAGAUUACCGAUCUAGUGCGGGCCGGCCAUCUUUUCGUCAAAAUCAGCGCCCCUUAUCGUGUGAGCAAACAGGCUCCAAACUAUGAGGACCUCAAGCCGCUGGUACGAGCAUUUUUCGAUGCGAACCCACGGCAGACUCUGUGGGGUAGCGACUGGCCACAUACCCCGGAAAUGAAAGUCCGUACUUAUGAAGAGGCUAUGGCUGAAGUCUCUUGCCUCGAUGUGGAUGACCUGGCUUGGCUUAAAAGUCUGCGCUCUUGGGUAUCUGCAGAAGAAUGGGGCGCUUUGAUGGUGUCUAAUCCGAAAUCACUAUCAAGCUCCCCUUCUCAAAAUUACGGAGUAGAUACUGGUUUAUGGGCAAACGACAAAAUCGAGUUCUUAUUGGCCGAUGUAAAACUUAGUGUGAUGGAGGUAUUCCAGCGUGUGGUCACUGCACGCGAGCUGGUGUCUCGUGCGUUGACGUUGAUGGCCGCAACGCCGACGUUUCCAUCCCACGUGACUCUCAGUUAUGCUACGAGAUGUCUCUCCCGCAUCAGGUGGUUAGAAGAAAGUAUCAGGCUACUAGACCCGGAAUUCGAUCUGUCACAGGGGCCGGAUGUCGAGUCUUAUUCUACCAACAUUUCAUUCCCUAUGCGUGAAUCUAUACUAGGGACACCACCUAGAAGGCUAGAUGGUGCUGAUGGUCCGGAGUCCUUCACUUCGCUAGCACCUAAAGACUAUACACCUGAAGUUUCACCCAGAAAACGACCUUAUGCGUCCCUACAGGCUUCUGAAGAGGAUGUGCCGUCCAUAGAAGCUCGUUCUGUGGCAAUAGACCUCGGAAUGAUCUCUCUUCAUUCCGACUCACGACAGAAAUCAUAUUUAGGAUCCUCUUCGGGUGUACUCUUUACGAAACUGAUCGGCGCAGAAAACGACCUACCGGAGCCCCAGGAAGCCAGAACCCUUUUUGGGGUUUACUUCCAAGAGAUUCACAUCGAUUACCCGUUUCUUGAUCCCGCAUCCAUAAUAAAUGCAUAUAAUGCCCUUGUUCUCUGUGUCGGUCGAGGAUACGCAAAUAAAACGGACCGAAACGGCUGGAUAGAGGAUAUUCCUCCAUUCUCCUAUAACGGCAAACUUGACAAAGUUGGGGAUCAGAUUUUCACUCCGAUUAGUUUCUUCACUGCUGUGUUUCACGCCUUUAUGGUGUUUUCACUAGCGGCCACCCUUUUAACACGAAACAAGAAUUUCGACUUCUCACCAACCCGGUUUUACAAAGUAGCAUUGACUGCAGCCACCGAAGGGAUAUCGACGAUAUCGCUGCCUGGGCUGCAGAGUAUCCUAUUACUGACUACGCAAGGCAUGAUUGGCCCAGCUGACUUCAACAUUUGGACGCUCGGCCACAUUGCCGUGUCUCAUUGCAUUGACCUUGGCCUUCAACGCGAACCUAGGGCGACUGUAGAUGGUUCGUUGACAGCAGUUUCUCUAAAGCGACUUGUCUUCUAUACUGUUUACAAGCUUGAACGGACCAUCGCAACUAUUCAAGGCCGCCCUUUAGGUAUACGAGAUGAAACUUUUGAUAUACAGCUCCCAGACGCGAGAGGAAUUCGUUACAAUUCAGCCUCAAUAGCUGGUUGUCAUGAUAGCACUUUUCCAUCUCCACAGCAGCUUAACGAUCUCGAAAUCUCAAUUCACCAGUUCAAACUGGACCAGUACGUAUCCGAAAUCAAGCUCCUUUUUUAUCACCUUCACACCAAUGAUCGCGUUUUCAACUUUUCCCGAGAUCAUGCAGAAAAUCAAACGCGUCUUAAAGCUGCUCUGGAUCAUUGGAUAGCCGAGACUCAGAAGAUUUGCUCUCGUCCCGUUAACCAUGAUUCUGUGGGUGAAGAGGCCGUAAAGCCCAGCUGUGAGUAUCUCAAAUUGGAGCUCCUCUAUCAUGCCACUUUGACUUUACUUCACCAACCAUCUCAAUCGACCCCACAUCCUACGCAAUCCGCUCUUCAUGUUUGUUAUGAAAGCUCCCGGAAGCGCAUUCACAUAUAUAAGCAGUUACAUGACGAGCAAGGUCUUUUCUUCAAUUGGAGAGACAUCCAUGGCAUCUUCGCCUCAGGGGCCACCAUCAUUUUUUGUUUCUGGUCGUCUCAUGAAAUCCAGUCAAUGACUCCAUUAGCAGAGGCAUUGUGUGAUCUACGAACUUGCUCUAAUCUGCUAAGCAUUGGAGGGCAAUGGUGGCCGUCAGUGCGAGGGGGCAAACAAAGCUUUGACAAACUCGUCGAUCUAACGAUUAAACGCUUGAGCAAUUUACAGAAUAAUAAUGACGGGCCGUCUGCUCCCAGCCGCAUACAAAGUCAACCUCGCUAUUCUCAUGAUUCUCUUCUUCGUCUAGACUCUGCAUCAUCUGUGGUAGGAAUGGGACCAGUUUCGCCGUCUGAAACAGACCAGGGGAAUACAGGGCAUCAAAGUACCUACGAUGAACCCGAUGUCGAAAGCAUGGAUACGUUCAUGGAUAGCUUCUUUUUCGAUUAUUUGCAGGGAGAUUGGAGUUGGGAUCCGUUCUCGAAAUUUUCUAGCACCGAUAUAUGA